AUGACUGUUGAUGCCAUUAUUGAGUCCUUCCAAGACUUCAAGAUCAAUCCAACCGAGCCAGAGAACACGCAAUUCAAACCGCUCUGCUUCAACCCUCCAGCUGACCUUAGAGCAACCUGCAGUUCUCUCUCAGAGACCCCAACCUAUCUCUUCCGCGUGGCAUCUCCCAAGACUAGCGCCCAAACAAGCAGCACGUGGGUCCGCCCCAAAAGCACCCUCCCUCAUGAGGAAGACAUCUUCACCAACCUGGAUGAAGGCAACAAACGACGCCGCACAGCUGCCCUCCUGAACGACCAUCUCUGGUGGAAAGAGCCCCUCAACGAUCCCUUCGUUUCGUGGACCAGUUCCCUGCUCUUUGCCCUAGCAUACAUCUACUACCGCCACUGGAGCGAUAGCGACGGUUCGCCUCUGGAGAAGAUCAACCUCUACGUGAUCGACACGACCAAGUUCCCCCGUGGAACCUUCAUCCGUGAUGUGGACUUGCUCAAUGUCUUCAUCGAUUCCGAUCCCCUGCCAUACAGUAACGGUCUGGCUCGGUUGAAGAAGUGGCGCGAGGGGGAUCUCUACUUUGGCGAGUAUCUGUCGCAGGGUGCGUUGCAAAUCGAGGGCAAAUGCCAGGUGAUCAAUGCGCAGUCCCUCUUCGAUAGCAACCGGCUCCGGCGCAUUCAGCCCGCAUUCGCGGAUAUUGAGGUUCCCCAGCAAAGACCGCUAUGGGCGAAAGAGGUCCUUCAUCUCCGCCAGGUGUUGGAGACACGCGGUGGACAACGCAUGCAGAUACAGCCUGCGGUACUGCGUGAUGGCAUGCAUGCGCUCCGCGAGAUUGCGGACUUGUUCGAGAACCCCGCCUGGAGACUUCCCAUGGCGGUAUACUUUGCAGCGUUGAUGGGGGAUCGUCUGGAUGAGAACGUGGCGACCACUCCAACUACAACAGCAACACCGACCGCGGGGUCGGCUGCUGCUUUGCUCGAAGAAUUGCGAUCAUUUUACCGAUCUUCCGACAUCGGUCUCGAUUGCGACCAGCUCAAAACGAAGAUCAUCGCCCCCGCAGCGAUGCCCGAAUUGAUCCAGACCGAGAAGAUCUUUCGCCUUGUCCACAAAGACUACACUCUGAGAAAGGCACUUGGUGAGUUGAUUUUCUUAGUAGAUAUUAAAGAUGUAUGUCUCUAA